UGGGUUUGUUUGUAAGAUUUGCUAUGCAAUUCCAAACCUAAAUGAGGAGAAGAAGUGGCCCUGCAUCCCAGAGCAAACAGAAAUGAAGCUGAAAGGAGAAACUAUGACUUGGAACGACACCACUAUGGAUGGGGAAGGGUUGCUUGUGGAAAGGGACUCUUCCUUUCGGAUCCUCACGGGCUGCUUCCUCUCGUUGCUGAUCCUCUCCACGCUGCUGGGAAACACGCUGGUCUGCGCAGCUGUCAUUAGGUUUCGCCACCUCAGGUCCAAAGUGACCAACUUCUUUGUCAUCUCCUUGGCCGUGUCAGACCUCUUGGUGGCGGUUUUGGUCAUGCCUUGGAAAGCUGUGUCAGAGAUCGCUGGUUUCUGGCCUUUUGGUUCAUUUUGCAACAUCUGGGUGGCCUUUGAUAUUAUGUGCUCAACAGCCUCCAUCUUAAACCUCUGUGUCAUUAGUGUGGACAGAUACUGGGCCAUCUCCAGCCCAUUCAGGUACGAGAGGAAAAUGACCCCCAAGGCAGCCUUCAUCAUGAUCAGUGUGGCGUGGACUUUGUCUGUGUUGAUUUCCUUCAUCCCUGUGCAGCUCAACUGGCACAAGGCUACAACCACGAGCUUUUUGGACCUGAAUGCCAGUUUAGAAGGUAUAAGCAUGGACAACUGUGAUUCUAGCCUAAACAGGAUGUAUGCCAUCUCCUCUUCUCUAAUUAGCUUCUAUAUACCUGUGGCCAUCAUGAUAGUAACCUACACAAGGAUAUACCGGAUUGCUCAGAAGCAAAUACGACGAAUUUCAGCUUUGGAGAGAGCAGCAGUGCAUGCCAAGAACUGCCAGAACACAAGUGGCAACAGAAGCAGCAUGGACUGUCAGCAACCUGAGAGCAACUUCAAAAUGUCCUUCAAGAGGGAAACAAAGGUUCUAAAGACUUUGUCGGUGAUCAUGGGGGUGUUUGUGUGCUGCUGGUUGCCAUUUUUCGUGUUGAACUGCAUGAUUCCCUUCUGCGAGCCCACCCAACCGUCCAAGGGAGCAGAAGCUUUCUGCAUUAACUCCACCACCUUUGACGUUUUUAUUUGGUUUGGAUGGGCUAAUUCUUCCCUAAACCCCAUCAUUUAUGCCUUCAAUGCUGAUUUCCGCAAGGCAUUUUCCACCCUGCUAGGAUGCUACAGGCUCUGCCCCACGUCCGGCAAUGCUAUAGAGACUGUUAGCAUUAACAACAACGGAGCAGUUGUUUUUUCAAGCCAACAUGAGCCCAAAGGCUCCAGCCCCAAAGAGUCGAAUCUGGUUUAUCUGAUCCCACAUGCAAUCAUCUGUCCGGAAGAAGAACCUCUAAAAAAGGAGGAAGAAGGUGAACUAUCUAAGACCUUGGACAAAAUGUCUCCAGCACUGUCGGGUAUUUUGGAUUAUGAAGCUGACGUUUCUUUGGAAAAGAUCAAUCCCAUUACACAAAAUGGGCAGCAUAAAACCUGAACAGGAAGGUGUACCCAGCAAAACAUAAUAGUGUACAAUGUGAUAAUCUUUAACAACAAAAAAAAAGAUACGUUUUUUUGUAUGAAACUAAGCUCUAGGGAGAAGUACACAUCUACAUAAAGCCCUGAAUGGAUUUUCCUGGCGUUAAAUUUAAUAUUUAAAACACUAAACAGCAACAAGGUACUGAAAAU